GGGCGGGGCCCUGGAGCGCCGGCAGGUGGCGCGGGUUGGCUGGCGGCAGGAGGGCGUGCCCGAGGGCGGUUGGCUGCGGCGCCCGCACCAGCGCCCCAGGCCCCAAGGCUCCUCAGUGCUAGCCCGGCCCCUCCAUCCAUGGACCCCCCGCCAAGCCCGCCGCGCCUCACGCCGCCCCCGGCCCCAAGCAGCCCGCCGCCGAGGCCCCCUCCGGGCCCCGACAUGGGGGAAGUCCUGAAGCAGAUGUUGGCCGUCCCCGACCAGCGCCUGGAGGAGACGAAGGCCAGAAAGCGCUCGCUGAAUUGCCAUCGGAUGAAGGCUGCUCUCUUCGGUGUGCUCUGUGAGAUCAAGAAAAAGACAGUGCUGAGCGUCCCUGGCAUUCAGGAGGAGGGUCCCCCCAGUGCUCAGCUCGUGAGGCUGGAUAACAUACUGCUGGCUGGGGGUGUAUCCAAACUGGAAAAGCGAGGAAGAGGAGGGCCGGGGGCAGCCGGCACAGCGACACCAGGUGGCUGUCCAAAUGACAAUAGCCUUGAGCACUCUGACUACAGGGCCAAGCUGUCCCAGAUCCAACAGAUUUAUCACUCUGAGCUAGAGAGAUGUGAACAGGCCUGCCAUGAGUUCACCACUCACGUCAUCAGCCUUCUCCAGAAGCAGAGCAGGGUGCAGCCCGUGUCGCCCAGGGAGAUGGAACAUAUGGUGGGCAUCUUCCACGGCAAGUUCAGCCCCAUCCAGAUUCAGCUGAAGCAGAGCGCCUGUGAGGCUGUGAUGACCCUGCGCUCACAGUUCUGCGACGUCAGGCAUAAGCAGCAGAAUUUUAGCAAGCAGGCAAUUGAAGUGCUGAAUGAGUAUUUUUAUUCCCAUCUGAGCAACCCGUACGCCAGUGAAGAGGCCAAAGAAGAGCUGGCCAGGAAGAGCGGCAUCACAGUGUCCCAGGUCUCCAAGUGGUUCAACAACAAAAGAACCCAGUAUAAAAAGGACGCAAAGUUUCAAAAGGAGGCUGCCAUUUACACACCUAAAACCACAGUGGACACAAUUGAAGUCAGGGGCCCAGGGAGCCAGGCCAGCUGCCCAAUGUCACCCAGCUCCAGUCCCUCCAGGCCCUUCCCGCUGACCAGCACCAGGGGUGCACUUGUCAGCCUGCAGACGCGGGCCCUUCUCCAGGCCACCCCAGUGGGGGGCAGCCUUUGGUCCCAGGUGAGUCUCGGGGCUCACCCCCAGACUCGGUGUUGGGGCAGACGUGGAGCCCAGGUGGGUGGCAGAUCCUCAGAACAAACCAUUUUGUCAGCUUCCCCAAGGCUCCUGCAGGGGGUGCUGGCAACGUGGAGGGGCCCGUCAGGCACCCGUCUGUCACUGUGACAGCUGCAGCUGGCUGAGCUGCCAGGGCACGGUGGGGCCCACUCACCAAAGACCUGGGCCCUUCACACCACCCCCAGGCAAGGGCUCUGGCUGUGGGGAAGGAACCCUUCCUCCCAGGGGCAUCUUAUACCCCAAAGGGCAGCCCCACCAGGCUCGGACCCUCCACCAUGUCCAUGCAGCAACCUUGCCAGCCCUUCCGCCCCUGGGCCACCCCCCAGGCCCCUGGUGCACAGCCAGGCCAAAGGAAGAUGCAUUUUGGUGACUGGGAAGGAAAGCUAGGCACCUGGGAACAUGCCCUCCAGAGCUUCCUCAGGGUGCUGGGCAGCAUGCAAGGCCAGCCAGGGCAGGGACGCAUCUCUCUCACCAUUCCUGGUGCUGAGAGUGGGGCCGACGCACAGGCGGAUCGCACUCCGGGGGUCGCCCAUUCAUGGCUGCUGGCAUCAGGCAGGGCCUUACACUGCCCACCUGCUUCCUUCACACGAGUGUCCCCUGCUGUGCCAGGCAACCCUCCGCCAGUGUGCCCCCAACUCCUGGUGGGGGCGUGGACGGAUGCCCCUGGUGCCUUUGGCAGGGCCCGGGCAGGGCGGUGCCCGUCCCAACACCAUGGCAACCCCGCAGACCAUAAUGAGCACCUGGGCGGAGAGGGCGCUCGGGCGCCACCAGGCGGCCAGGCCUCGUCUUGCUCCCCCGCCCUGCACCGAGCAGAGGGGAGUGUGACAGCGAACGGGCGAGGUCCCCCUGUGGGCCUGGUGGGCGCCCUCAGUCUCCGCGGUGAGCGGGAAGGCCAGGGCCCUGUGCAGACGCCACACGCGCCCCUGGGGCUGGGGCACCCCGCCGGGGCGCCGUCGCCUUGGCCCUGGGCGCCCAAAGACAUCUGAGCUGCCCUUAGCUCCUGGUCCCACGCCGGGGCGCCGGCCUGUCCCCUCCCCACCGCCCAUGUCCUUCAGGAACACGGGCCUGUGGGUGUCCAUCAACCGCAGAGAGUGUCUCCCGCAGCCAGCGCUCGUCCCGGCUGCUCUCAGACACACCGCGUCACGGCACAAGGCAGCCUGCGCGGGAGGUGGCAGCCUGCCCACUCGUGCCCCCCACCCUGGCCUCUGACAUGCGGUCCCUGGGGAAGCUCCUGGGGAGGAAAUAGCUGAGGAGAAGGCGGAGGGGGCCCGGAGGGGCCGAGCAGGGUAGAGGGUGCGCGCAGGGUUCAGCCUGGAGAGGGAGGUGCUGGAGAGGAAAGCGAAGAGGAGCUCAUGGGUCUCUGGCCGGCUGGGGAGGGGCUGAGCCCUCGGGGUCCCAUGGAGGGUGUGAGGUGGGGGCCCCUGUGAGCACUGGGCUCGGAGCCGCUCCCGGAGGGCUUUCUGGGAAAGAGAGUGGCCUGCCUGGCAGGCCGCAAACAGGACGUGCCCCAGAGCAGGCAGCCCCAGAAGAGCCAUUUCCAGUGGCGAUUCCCCUACAGCGUGGGGGGGGGGGGUGCUGCGGACCCUGCCCUCCCGGCCGCCCAGCCAGGCCAGCGUCCAGACAGGGGCCAGCCUCCCCCGCGACCCUGGUCAGCUCCAGCCUGACGGGGGUCUCCCUCACCCUCAGAGCAUGUGGAUGCCCCACAGACCACGUUAGUCCCUCACCAGGGCCCUGUGGGGUGGCCGGUGGGGGCCAGCUUCCUGCCAGGGAAGCACGUCCACGUCAUGGCUCAGGUAUAAGGCCGGCUGAGAGCCGAGACCGGCCCCUCUGCCCCUCCCGCCCCCAGGCCCAUCUUCGUGGCCCUCAGGCCACCCCUCUGAUGCUCUGUCUCCGUCUUUUCAGGCCACUGGCAGCAGCUGGCAAGGGGACACGAUCCCGAUGUCAACCACAUCCCCUGCUGGGAGUGUCAACUCAAGACGCCUCAAAUUAAGUCUGGGGGACAAGCAGAAAAGAGGACCGGGUGACCUGCGUGGUUUGCCGGCACCCAUGGUUUUAUUGCACGAGCAGCCGGUUACCUCAGAGCACCCUGAGCACCGCCUUUCACCCACAGUGAGGGGAUUUGAAAUGAGCUGAGAGGCUGCUCAUUCUCCCAGUUUGGUUUGUUUUGUUAAUAGUUUUAUGAAUUGUUUCUUCUAGGACUUGUCACAAGUUCUCCCAUUACAUUUUUGACUUAUUUUAA